CGGGAGUCCGCGGGCGCAGAGCAAGCUCCGACUCCCGAGCCGGCGCGGGGCUGCCAGGAGCGCGGCUACAGCAGCGCAGCGGACGGGGAGCCUCGGACCAGCCCAGCUCGCUCUGCCGCGGCGACCUUCCAGCCGACGCUCGGGAAACAGCGGGCCGCGUCUCAGAUUUCUGCUUGGCAGAUUAAUCAAAGGCAAGAGGCUAAUCUGUCUACGUUCAGAGUGCCACCCCCGACAAGACCCCCAUAACAGACCCUGGGCUCCAAUCCACUGCACUACCAGCCCCCACCCCACCCCAGACAUCGCUCUGGGGGCUGCCCGAGGCCAGCAGUGUGAAGAUGACCAGUGCCUUCCUAGCAUGACGACCUUGGACCAUGUGAUCGCGACCCACCAGUCAGAGUGGGUCUCCUUCAGUGAGGAGCCGCUCUUUCCUGCCCCUUCUGAGGGGAGCACUGAAGAGCACCUGCCAGGACCGUCAUCUUCCUCAGACCAGUCCGAGAGCUCGUCUGGGGAGAACCAGGUGGGAGAUGGAGGCUCUCAGGACCUUUCCCACUCAGAGCACGAUGACUCUUCUGAAAAGACAGGCCUCAUCUCUGAGGCAGCCUCCCCUCCUGGGAGCCCGGAGCAGCCCUCCCCUGACCUGGCCUCAGCCAUCAGCAGCUGGGUCCAGUUUGAAGACGACACCCCCUGGGCCAGCACAUCACCACCUCAUAAAGAAGCAGGUGGGACAGCCACAUCAUUGACCUUGCCCUGCUGGACGUGCCCUUCCUUCGACUCCCUUGGGAGAUGCCCUCUGCCCUCUGAGAACAGCUGGACCACUCAUUCUGAAGACACCAGUAGUCCUAGUUUUGGGCCCUCGUACACAGACCUGCAGCUCGUCAGUGCUGAGGAGCAGAUGAGUGGCCCGGCUUCUGGGGCUGACUCGACUGACGAGAGGACGAAGUGGCAGACAGGCAGGCAGACGGCGGUGAGUCCUGUUCAAGCAUGCACGGAGCAUACCUCUACCUGCACCCACGGCCUGGACCCCUCGCCACCCUCAGCCCACCCCAGGAGAAACCAGAGCCCCAGCAAGGGUCUGGAGGGGGCCUCUGCCCCCAGUGACAAUUCUUCCUCUCUUCAUGAGGAUGAAGAGGUAGAGAUGGAGGCCAUCAGCUGGCAGGCCAGCAGUCCAGCCAUGAACGGACAUCCUGCCACUCCAGUGACCUCUGCUCGUUUCCCUAGCUGGGUCACUUUUGAUGACAAUGAAGUCAGUUGCCCUUUGCCACCAGUCACCUCGCCUCUGAAGCCAAAAACACCAUCUAUUGCCUCUGUGAUCCCAGAUGUACCUUAUAACUCAACUGGGUCAUUUAAGAAGAGAGAACGUCCCAAGAGCACUUUGAUGAACUUCUCCAAAGUCCAGAAGCUGGACAUUUCCUCCUUAAACCACCCACCUUCUGUGCCUGAGGCUCCACCUUGGAGGGCAACUAAUCCUUUUCUGAAUGAGACUCUACAGGACAUACAACCCUCCCCUAUCAACCCUUUCCGCGCUUUCUUUGAGGAGCAAGAGAGGCGCUCCCAAAGCAAUUCUGUGUCUGGUGCCACAGGCAAAAGCCAAAGAGAUUCCCUCAUUAUCAUCUACCAGGACGCCAUCAGCUUUGACGAUUCAAGCAAAACCCAGUCACACUCUGAUGCUGUCGAAAAACUCAAACGACUCCAAAUUGAGGAUCCUGAUCACUUGGGCAGGGUGACACUCCCUGAUGAUGACCCAAUAGCCUGGCUUGAACUAGGUGACCACCCGCCAGGUUCCGUGCUGUCCCAGCCGAGGGAUGGGUGGCCCAUGAUGCUUAGGAUCCCCGAGAAGAAAAACAUUAUGUCCUCCAGGCACUGGGGACCCAUCUACAUCAAACUGACGGAUAGUGGUUACCUGCAGCUAUAUUAUGAGCAGGGCCUAGAAAAACCAUUCCGUGAGUUCAAGCUGGAGAUCUGCCAUGAGAUUUCAGAACCCCGGCUCCAGAACUAUGAUGAGAAUGGCAGGAUCCACAGCUUACGGAUAGACCGCGUCACCUACAAGGAGAAGAAGAAAUACCAGCCUAAACCUGCUGUGGCCCACAUGGCCGAGAGGGAACAAGUGAUUAAGCUGGGCACCACCAAUUACGAUGACUUCCUGAGCUUUAUCCGUGCCGUCCAGGACCAUCUCAUGGAUUUGCCAGUGCUAUCAAUGGACUUGAGCACAGUUGGCUUGAACUACCUUGAAGAGGAGAUUACAGUGGAUGUCAGAGACGAAUUCUCUGGCCUCGUGAGCAAAGGUGACAACCAGAUUCUCCAGCACUGUGUCUUGACACGGAUCCACAUCCUGAGUUUCCUCUCUGGCCUUGCAGAGUGCCGCCUAGGACUCAACGAUGUCCUCGUCAAAGGGAAUGAAAUCGUCUCCCGUCAAGACAUCAUGCCCACCACCACCACGAAGUGGAUCAAGCUUCAUGAGUGCCGUUUCCAUGGGUGUGUGGAUGAGGAUGUCUUCAACAGCUCACGGGUCAUCCUGUUCAACCCUCUGGACGCCUGCCGAUUUGAGCUAAUGCGGUUCAGGACGGUAUUUGCUGAGAAGACCUUGCCUUUCACACUCAGGACAGUAGCGAGCAUCAAUGGGGCAGAGGUGGAGGUGCAGAGCUGGCUGAGGAUGUCGACUGGCUUCUCCUCUAACUGUGACCCUCUCACUCAGGUUCCCUGUGAGAACGUGAUGGUUCGCUACCCUGUGCCCAGCGAGUGGGUGAAAAACUUCCGCAGGGAGAGCGUCCUGGGGGAAAAGUCUUUGAAAGCCAAAGUGAAUCGGGGGGCGAGUUUUGGCUCAACUAGUGUAUCUGGCUCUGAGCCUGUCAUGAGAGUGACUCUGGGAACUGCCAAGUAUGAGCAUGCCUUCAACUCCAUUGUGUGGAGGAUAACCCGACUGCCUGACAAAAACUCAGCUUCCGGUCACCCACACUGUUUCUUCUGCCACCUUGAACUUGGCUCUGACCGGGAAGUGCCUUCCAGAUUUGCCAAUUACGUGAACGUGGAGUUCAGCAUGCCUACAACUUCUGCCUCCAAAGCUGCCGUAAGAUCCAUCUCUGUGGAAGACAAGACUGAUGUCAGGAAGUGGGUCAAUUAUUCCGCACACUACAGCUACAAGGUGGAAAUUGAGCAAAAAAAGAGUUUGAAGCCAGACUUCGAAGGAGAUGAAGUAGAAAAUCCCAAGGAGUGUGGGGUCCAGUGAAGAAGCCCCACUGCAGAGGGGCCUGACCCAAGAGUCAGGAUGGGCUGUCUUCCUUAACAGCUCAAGUUCUUGUCCGCAUGGCUGCUCCAUGUUGGGAACAGUGUAUUGGACCUUCCUGUUCAUAGUUGCCUGUAUUUUAACAGGAAACCCUAACUGGUUGCUUUGGAGAGGCUCUGAUUAUGCCUGAAGCACCUGGGUCACCUGGCUUUUAGAGUUUCCUGUAUUAAUUAAGCCUCCUCUUCAUUCUGCUUAUCUCACAGCAUUUGGGUGUGGCUUGUUGCGACUGAUAAAGUCAGGAAAAGAAAUUUCCACAUCAGUGUUGGCAUGACUUCCUUCUGAUGUUCAUCUGCCACUUGCAUCAGUUUCUGGAAAAAGAGUCUGGAGAGGUUAAUUAACUACAACUCCAUCUCUGUCAAUCCCUCUACAAAAAGUUGAGAAAAGGUAUAAAACUGAUGUCCUCUUUGAGUCUGCUAGACUUUUCAUAGGUGUUUCCAUUCUUUAAAUGUUAACACUAUGCAACAGAGGUCUGAGAUGGUUCUCUCCUGGUUCUAGAUUGUUUUGAUUGAAACACUUUUUCCAUCUUUUGAGGGUGUCAGUCCCAGUGUUCACCACCCUGAGUCACAAUAGACAAUGGAAAAAAGGCACAAUAGGAUACUUUUAAAUUCUGUGAUUAGCCCUACCUUCUGCAAAGAGUAGCUGUUGAAGGGAAAGCAAAAUUGAGCUUACUUUUCUUCAUUCUGGGGAAAAGGGAGAUUCAUUAUAAGAUUAUUUUCAAUUCAGGAAACAGCUUCAAUCUCAGUGAAUUUCCAAAUUCACACUGGCCAAAUAGAGGCCAUUUCUGAUUCCUGAAAUACACAUCUCAGGCAUUUGUUAGGGGCUUUUGGGAACUCUUUUUAUACCUCAUAGCCAGUAGAUAAUUGCAAGUCUCUUUAACUCAAACUUCACAGGAAAUAUAAGUUGAAAAUCUCAUUUUAAAAGCUGUUUCAAAACUAUGCUUGUAUGAGCUUUUCCUAAAAAUUCAGUUUAUUAAUCACAGUAUUGUACUAGACCUAAAGGCAGAAGAUUCCAGGGUAGAAAUAGGGGAAAGCCAUAUUUUUCUCCUGUUGGGAACACUCAAUACUGAUUCCAAGAAUCUAGGACACUCAACAUUCUCUCUCUUUAUCUGUUCCUGCUCACAUUCCAUACUUCUGCAUCCCAAAGGAGAUACCAGCUCAACAAUUUAAAGGCAGCUUUUAUCUGCCUUCCUAUUUCUCCCAUGAAGAAUAAAGGGGACAGAAAACACACUUAUAAGAUUUGUAGAUGACAGAGAAAGAUAUAUAUAUAUAUAUAUAUAUAUAUAUAUAUAUAUAUAUAUAUAUAUCGUCUGCUGACUGGCAGGUUCAGGAUUAAUUCAUACAGUGAAUAUUCACUGGAUUCUAACUAUGUAUUGACAUAUUGAUUAGAAUCAUAAUUUUGUGAAAUACCUGAACAUAAGACUGAAACUAAAAGGACAAAACUGAAUAGGCAUUAAUGAGAAACUCAAUAUUCUGAGUUUCUUAAAUGCAACCCUCUAAGUACAGAAUGGUGUACCUACCUGUGUACAGAUGUGUGUGUUAAUGGGAAGAGUGUUGGAAAGUCCUGGUUUCACAGCAGUUUUUGUAAAAAUGUUUUCUUAGGGAAAUGUGAGUUCAAUUUUGAAUGAGGAGUAUAUCAUAGCUGUUCACAGAACUAAUACAUUUCACUCCGUGGUAAUGGAAGUCUAGAGAGGCCUGCAUGCUUCACUGUUCAGUUCACAUCUGCAUGGAGUGUUGGGUUCAAUUCCGGGAACCAUAUUUUAAGAGAGACAUUAAUAAAUUGAUUCUGUCCAGAGUUAGGUGGCCAGGGUUGUAAAGAGUCUGAUUAUUCAAGAAACAGGGGAACAGUUGUCCUGAGGGUAUAGCUGGAAAGGGAGAGCAGAAAAAGAGGGAAUGAUGUAUAUAAUUGCUGCCUUGAAAUCUCUGCUGAACUACUGGAAGGGAGAAGAAUUGAACUUUUUCUGUGUAGCUUCAAAGGACAAAAAGAGGAACUUUAUGGAUGACAGAUGUUUGCUUCAAAUUAAGAUAGGAUAUUCUAAUAAGAGUACUUCUAAAGAGGAAUGGACUCCAGUAAAAUUUCCAGGUGUAAUUGCUGCAAAUGCUCAAAUAAAGGCUAAAAUAACACAUCUAUCCCAAAUGUUAUGAAAGGGACUCUUAGACUGGAUAUGGGCUAGAUGCUUAUCAAGAACCCUUCUACAAAUAGGUUUAGUUUGAACAGUAAUAGGUCUCUCUAACUCUAGUUAUUUUUAGAUUGAUAAGUGGUUUUUCAUGCUCUUUGAAAUACAGUUCCCUAGAGGUCUUUGUCAAGUGAGGACUCCAAGGCAUAGCCCUUCCACUGUUGUGCUAAAAGUACAUAAAACUCAUCGCAGAAACACUGAGAUGGGCUGAAGAGUUGGCAAGGUGAAGAUCAUUUCACCACCUUCUUUACCUAAGGUUAGCACCAUGUACCCUCUCAAGAGGUACCCUCUUCACCCGUUAGCAUCACACGUGUACUGGUGCUUGGACUGUUUUUUCCUGUUGGUUAAUUCUCAUUGCCUUUGUGCUUUCACUUGGACUUUUUUUUUUUUUUUUUUUGGCUAUGCCUGCUGCGUGUGUAAGUUCCCCGGCCAGUGAUCAAAUCCAAGCCACAGCUAUGCCAACACCAGAUCCUUAACCCACUGUAUCACAGUGGGAACUCCUGGGCAAAUACCCUUUGAUGUGCAGAUUCUAAGUUUGCCACCCUGGACCUGGAUUGUGUGUUUGUGGCUACAUAUAAUCUUCAUCUAUGUUAAUAAUGUGAAAAUAUUAAAAGAGCUGUGCUCUUUUUUUUUUUUUUUGGUCUGGUGACUUGCUUCGUGACUUUUAUGAGGUACUUUGUGGGGAAACCAUUAACCCCCCUUGUCACUCUAAUAAACAUAGUACUAGUCAUGUCUUAGCAAAAUUUUGUAUUUCACUCACAUUAAAUAUAAGCUGGACAGUUUUUUUCCCUAUCCCCCUCCCUCCACCUUUCUGCAUUAUUGGCACUCUCAUAACCCUUGAGAACAUUUUUUUAAUGUAAAACAUUUGAAAUAAGAGUAAUUUUUUUUCUUUUUUUUUUCUUUUUUAGGGCCACACUCAUAGCAUAUGGAGGUUCCCAGGCUAGGGGUCCAAUCAGAGCUACAGCUGCUGGCCACAGCCACAGCCACAUCAGAUCCAAGCUGUGUCUUCGACCUACACCACAGCUCAUGGCAUCGUCAGAUCCUUAACCCACUGAGAGAGGCCAGGGAUCGAACCUGAAACCCCAUAGUUCCUAGUCGGACCCAUUUCCACUUUGCCAUGAUGGGAACUCCCAAACGAGAGUAAUUUUUAUUCAAAUUCAGUUGAUGAGGGUAGGGGCUUAUUUCCCUGGAAAUUCACAUUCUCAAGAAAUGUGAUCCAUGGAGGCAAGAAAUGUAAUUUAUUCCUUGCUUCCAGCACCUAGCAUCAAGCUUGGAAUAUAACAACUUUCAGCCACUUUACAGCCUUGCUAAUAGGACAAAUAUAUAUUGGUGAAAUAAAGGAAAAAUAUUAAGUAUUCAAUAAAUGUUUGCUGAAGGAAUACUGACCUUGAGAUUUUAAGCCUACCUAACCCUUAUCAUUAAAUACUUAUAUUAAAGCAUGCAAGCAUGCUUUUAUUUCCUGGAGCACUUAAAUUUUUCUUGCCUUGCCUCCGCGGUCAACUAAUGAUAACUGUCAGUACUUAAUGCACAGCUGAAUUUAAACUGCAGUGUACCUCAUAAUGAAACACAUUUUUGUGCCCCCACAUAACAGCACAGAUAUGCAAGUCAGAUCUGUGAGCCCAUUCGAAUGGUCAGCAGGAGAAGAAAGCAUUUAACAGAGUGCAUGGUCAGUCUUGGUGUGCUAGGUCUUUGUUUUCCCCAACACUAGCCACUGACCACUAUUACUACAUAUUUGUUUUGUCACCACAGGAAGAUGGAAGUCUGAGGUAGUAAGGCUGAAACUUGUGAAAUGGCAUUCUGAUUUCAGAAGCUGCUUUAAAUCUCAUAAUAAGUUUAGUAGUGAGAAAACAAUGAUUUGACAUUUUUUUUUAAAAGCCCUGAAAAUAUUAAGCUAAUUGAGUAGGAAGCACUGCCAUCUAGUCUACUUUUUAGAAGUUUUCCCACUUGGGAAUGGUAACUUUAACUCUUCUACGAAUGGAAGAUGAUGAUAAGUUAAUUCUAGCAUAUCUAGAGUUUAGGUCAUGAUAAGAAUGCAACUUAAAGGAGUUUCCAUUGUGGCUUAGUGGUUAACGAAUCCAGCCAGUAUCCGUGAGGAUGUGGGUUUGAUCCCUGGCCUUGCUCAGUGGCUUAAAGAUUCGGUGCUGCCGUGAGCUGUGGUGCAGGCCUGCAGCUGCCUGGGAACUUCACAUGCUGCAGGUGUGGCCCUUAAAAGCCAAAAAAAAAAAGGCAACGUGACAGAAAAUUCAAACAAAACUGACCAAAAGACAAAACCUAUAAGAAAUAUCACCAAGGAAAGGAAUUAUCUCCAAAAUUUCACUACCACGUGUCAUCCAAACCAUGACAACUCUUAUAUAAAAUUAGUCAUAGCAUUCUCACCACGUUCUAAACCAACACAUUUUCUAAACAUUACCAAUGUCUAAGUGCCAAUUCCUUAAAAGUCACUAUUUCUUCACCAUUUCUUAACUACGUUCUUUGUAAAUGAAACUUGUUUUGGAUAUUAUGACUCGUAUUUAAGGACUUAAAAGAAAUGUACAAGGCAGUUAUAAAUGUAGGAGACAGACGUGUAUCGGUACUAUUUUCCCAUGUAUUCGCUAAAGCAGGAAUAUGGAACUUUUACAUUUCUUCUACUCUGUGCCUUAGCAAAUCUGACUGAGUCUAGUCCUUUUGUUUUAACCAUUGAACCAUUGAAAAAAAGAAAAGUAUCUCUGAAUUUACAGUUCCAGGCCUGUAAAGGCAGACACUAUCCAUCUGGUAAUGCCUGGAAGGAGCAAAUAAUAACUGCAUGUAAUGAAAAGCUAUAAAGCAACAGAAU